AUGCCGAUAUCCUUUCGCAGUCCAAAAGACACGGCUAGCACCGAGCGCCUUCGACAAAAUGAACCGCUAUUGAAACCUCCGGUAUCGACUCACGGCGGCGAGGACACCCCUUUCAAACCCCAUGGCGAGGAUGAUCUUACUCUCUCUGCGAAAGACGGAAAACACCACACUCGUGUCCGACCCGUAGCCACCGUUGGGCGUGCAUACCAUCAAAGUGAUCAGGAUAUCCCGGCAGCCAGGCGGCGCAGACGGAGGUUCCAGAAGUCCAAUCAGUGGAGGUUGUCGUUGCGCAAAUUCCGCUCAGUCCCGCUGCUUCAGCCUCGCUUCGAAUCAGGCGAAGUUGAAUUGCUCACAGGUGUGGUUUCACAGCCACCGAUGCCCUUGCGGACGAUUCCACCAAAAGCGGGAGCAACGAGAGGCCUGGCUAGCGUCAUUCCUGUGACAAACUCCGUCAACGAGAAUCUGGCACCGUACCCUCGAACCCAAGCAACGAGUCCCGCAAUGAUCACAUUACGACGCGCCACAACAACUCGACAGCCACGACGUCUGUCACUGACCUUUUUCCCACCUCCGAAACUGAAUCAAGCGAGCAGUGGGUUUCCCUGGUCAGUCAUAGAAACUUUGAGAGAGUGCAAUGGCAAUAUCAAAACCAUCAGAGAGUCUCCGAAAGCUGCUCCGGAGGUGCGUCCGUGGCGUGCAGGAUUGGAGCCAAGUGGCACGAAUGAUGCACGGCGCUCCCGCGCAUCGAUUGCGUCCAUGGUCUGUACAGAGUUGAUUCCAUCUCAAUCAGGCGGUAUAGGCCUCGAAGUAGACCAGUCCAUAGACUCGCCACUACGGCAGUGCACACGCUACACUUCAGACAAAGGCGUGUAUGAGAUUCUUUGGGAUGCGGAAACGUCCCAGGACGCUUUGGGCGGACUAUCAAAUUAUCAUAGUGAGUCCAAAUUUUCGACCGGUCGUCGACAUUCCCUUGCAGUCGAUGAGCUGGAGAUACAGCUUUUCAAGGCACGGGAACAAUCACGACGAAACUCAUACCGGGAGACUACAGUGGACGCAAGCAGUCUUGAGAAUGACAGUCUUAAUAACCGAGAUGGGUUUUCUCAAGCCCCUUUGCACGGGCUAUUCCAAGUCAAGCUCGCCAAGUUCACCCACAACGAUCAGCUCCGGAAUCUACCACGCUCAAAAGCGUCACGGAAGGUCCAGGUCCAAACACCGUUACCAACCAGGCCUGACGUCGCAGGAGUGAUGACGACUUCAACUCUGAAGCCUUUCAUAGUGCAUGGCAACGCGGGGCUUAUCACAUCUGUUCGUGAUAUCGGAAGCGAAGUCUCAGGAGGGAAUCUGGAGGAAUGUCCCGAACUCCCGGUCGGAUCGUGUGUCAAGAAUGUGCAGCAUCUCUGUGUCUCGCCUUCAACCUGCACGCAGUACCCGCUGCUACUGCAUAACUCGAGCAACUCGACGGGCAGUGCAGGACUAGCUACUAAUGAUCUUGGGCACUUGAAGGACCAGGAGACGCAGAAGUCGAAAGACACUAAUGGUUGGGUCGCCGCAGGUGAUGAUCAAAAUGGAACCAAGAAAAAAGUUAUCAGGAGCUGCAACAAGUGA